AUGUCAAGUGAUACGGAAAGUCCAAAACGAAAGAUUGUGAUUACGGGAGGUGCUGGUUUUAUUGGCUCUCAAUUAGGUUCUGAGCUUCACAGACGCGGGCAUGAAGUUAUUCUUCUGGACAACAUGUCAUUCGGUCAUCUUGAUAAUCUGAUUGUGGACGGCAAAACAUUUGGACAGCUAGUAGUAAAAGACAUCCGAGAUCCAGAUCUAAAAAGUGUAUUUACCGGAGCACAUACAGUAUUUCACUUUGCUGGUGUAGCUGCUUUACCUCUUUGCCAAAGCGAACCACAAUAUGCGUACGAUGUUAAUGUUUCUGGUACUGCUAACGUUCUCGAAGCUGCACGUUUGUCGGGUGUCUCAAGAGUGAUUUUCUCUUCAACUUCUGCUGUUUAUGAAAACAGUACUCACGAAGUAGAUACCUACAAAGAAACAGACUCUAUACAGCCGGAUUUGAUUUACUCGAUGACUAAGGCUGCAUCUGAGGACGUAUGCAAAGCAUAUUCAAAAAACUAUAAUAUGGAUAUCAUCAUUUGCCGUUUUUUUAAUGUCUAUGGACCUCAUCAAGACUUUCGUCGAAAAUCACCACCAUUUACAUCAUAUGUGGCUCGUGAACUUGCAUUGGAUAGACAACCCACAUUAUUCAAUCAAACAGACGCCAAACGUGACUAUAUCUAUAGUUCUGAUUUAAUCGCUCUCAUGUUAAACAUGUGGGCGAGUACAGAUACAUUUCACGCAGAAAUAUUUAAUAUCUCAACAGGUAUGGGUUGGUCGGUACCAGAAUUAUAUUCUAAAUUAUGUACUAUCGCCGAUAAAAACAUAUCAGCAAAUUAUAAAGAUCCAACGUUGUUCUGGGAUAAAUACAAAACUUUAACCGAUGCGCCUUAUUCGCUUAAUCCCAAUCGCAUUACAAAAGAAGUUCACAAGAACUGCGUAGGCGAUGCUACCAAAGCUCGUAAGACUUUCAACUGGGAACCACAAGUCACUAUUGAUCGCGGUUUGUUCGAAGUAUACAAAUACACACAAGAUCAUUCCAGCUGCAUAGAUUAA